AUGAUUGAUGCUGAUACGUUCCAGCGAAUCUUGGAUGCCCAGCGAAAACAGCAGGAAGAACUGGCAGGACAGUUAUGUGAAAAGUUAACGGUUAUUUCGCUUGAUGAGCAGAGUAUCGGAAAAUUGGAAUCAACCAUAGACACCGUACAAAACAGCAUUCCUAAAUUCGUUUAUUUCUCAGCCUAUCCUACAGUGCCAUAUCCAGUGAAUGCGAAUCAACUUCGAUCAUUCUUGGAAAUGGUAAAAUUUGUAAAGAGUUUGCAUAAGAUCAGGGCGCCGCUAGAUCAGCUACUGCCGAAAGAUGUCAAGCUCAAUCGGACAGUAAGGUGCGAACAAGCAUUCAAGGAAAUCAAAAAUGUACUGCGAUCAGAUAUGUUGCUGACACAGUGUGAUCCAAAAGUUGAUGUUGUUAUAGCCCCAGGUGCCAGUAACUACGGUCUGGGAGCCGUAGUUUCACAUAAUUUUCUUGAUGGUUGA